CUCCUCCGACAACCCGUAGUAGCUCGCGAAAUAAUACCGAAGCGCUUAAGCAACCUACCCAAAUCGAGACGCUUCCACAAAUCGAGGAAUAAGGGGAGACCUAAACUUAAGAGGCCCCUACUGAGUAAAAUAGCGGAUCGCUUAAGGAAAAUACCCGGCUCGACUAUAGUACGCCUCUAUAUACCGAUUACUCUCGAAAACGGUAGCGAAAUAUAUAUAGAUCUAGAUACUAAUACGGAAUACGAUAUAGUUAGUAAGGAGUUCGCUUAUAAAGUAAAACUACUAGCUAUACCUUUUUUAUCUCUUUCGAUAAAAGGUGUCGCCCUAGACCGACUCCGUACCUAUAGGAUAGUAAAACGAGCCUAUAUCGGUAUCGAUAGGGACCUAAGACUCGAAGGGAGUCCUAUCCUCUUAUCUAGGACUUUUAUUAAUAAGUUCGACGUUAUCUUAUAUCCUAGUGUUAAUAAAUAG